CGGGGAAUCGGUUGGUCCUAGGGCCUCAGGUGUCCGUCACGUGCCGUAGUAACCAUCACUAGGGACGCCGGCGAGGUGGUGGUGGUCGCUUGUUUCCCUCUCCGCGAGGACGUGAAUUUCGGCACCGGGAAUCGUGAGAUCCCUCCUCACAGGGCUGAGACAUGUCUACAAGAGAUUCAUCCAGAUCUCCUUCUCGAGCUUCCAGGGCAUCUUCUCGAGGGUCAAAGGGUAAAGACAAGAAGACGGGGAGCCAAAAAAGGAAGGCGAAACACUCAGCUAAAAAGCAUGAAGACUCGGCAGCGUCCACCAGCUCAGGUCACCCAGAAUAUAUUGUUCCCCUGGUUCUAACCUCCAAGACGCAGGAGAUCUUCAGCUGCCGGAUCGAUGAGGACGUAACCUGUGAAAACCCAUUCAAGCUUUUAAAGAAAGAAGACGUUCUCAGCGAUCUAAAGAACAGAGCUGCAGUGUCCGACUUCAGCCCCUUUAAAUCCAUCAUUACGGAGUAUCCCGGAGAAGAGCUGCUGCUGGUUUUUGAUGGAGACUUUAUCUACGGUCAGAACUUUUAUCUCGUUGUAACAGAAGAAGCCAAAGAGUCAAUGCUGCAACCACCAGAACCCAUCACUGAUGAAGAAGAGAAAGAUGAAGACUUUGACGAUUUCGCAUAUGUGCCCCCAGUGCCUAGGCCAUGGAUAUCUUUGGGCAGUGAGCUGGAGGUGGAGGAAGAAAUGGUGAAAGAAUCCCAGACUAAGAUCAAAUUCAUGAUUUCACGAGUACACCGAGAGUUUGGCUCACGCGUUACUUUCAGCGAUUACAAUGCAUCCGAUGUAAGAGACGGGUACAUGGAAUGUGCCUCUUACCAAGACAAACGCUUCAACAUUAAGCCCAAAGAGCGAGACACCGGCACACAAGUGGUGCCACUAUCACAGGAGCAGAGCACCCAGACCAAGUGGACUUACCCUCGAAAUGCCUGUACUCAGUACGCGCCAAGGGAGUUUACCGAAGAGCAAAAACAGGAAUAUCUGUCCUCUAAGAGUCUGAAGGAUUUUAUCAACUCUGUGUCUUUGAGGCUGGAAAUGGCUCUGCAGCAAAAUGAGAUUCUGAACGCCUUUGUCGAUGACUGGAAAUCGCUGUGUGAGCAGGAGAGCACUUUUGGUGGCAAAUCCGACUCUCACCUUAAAGAAUAUCAGUCUUUUACAGAUCACCAGUUUGGCAAAGAAAAAACCAUCAGCUGUAUUAGCUGGCACCCCGCACUUCAUGGUCUAGUGGCGGUUUCACUCGCAGAGCGGCUGUCACUGGAAGAUCGAGUGAACAUUUCUUCUAAGCUCAUCUUGAAGCCAUCACUGAUUCUGAUUUGGAGUCUAAAUGACCCCAUCCAUCCCCAGCUAAUGCUUGAAUGCCCAGAUGACCUAUAUUGCUUUCAAUUUUCCCCAAGUGACCCCAAUAUCAUCGCUGGAGGAUGUAUUAAUGGUCAGGUUGUGCUGUGGGAUAUCUCCGCUUACUAUGAACUGCUCACAGCGAAGAAUGGUGUGACCAAGAACACCUCAAAGACGACGCUGGAACCCAAGCGGUCCAAUGAGCCGCCGCUAGUAAGAUACUGUGCAGUGUCCUCUAUAGAGCACGGGCAUCGGGAGGUGAUCACUGACAUACACUGGCUCCCUGACUUCUUUGAGAUAACUCGGGCUGGAAAUCCCUAUGAAAACAAGAGUGGUUACUGCGUCCAGCUGGUCACGUGUUCUCCUGACUGCUCCGUGAUGUUCUGGGACAUCCGCUCAAACAAGCUUAAUACGCAGGCACCCGCGAGCAAGAAACAGGAAGAGAACCCGCGGGAGGCUCCUUUCGGGGUACCAGAUACUUUCAAGCACCUCGAUCUUGUCUGGAGGCCGUUUCUUAAGACCUCAAUUGCUAAGACUGACACAGGAGGAGAGUUCAGCCCCAUUAAAAUCAGCCUUAGAGAGGAGCAUCAUUCCUGCAGGAUGGCGGACAAACUACAGACCCAAGUCAAAGAGGAGAAGUCUGGGGGAGGAAUCCAUUACAGCAGUUUAAGAGCCACCUCUGCCAAGAACACCAAAAUGCUGGAGGACAUCAACACAAGUUACUUUGCUGGAACCGAAGAUGGGGAGCUGCUAUACACAGACUGGAAGAUGGAGAAAGAUGGAGACACUGGAAGACUGAUCAGUGCUAAACCCACACAGAGACACGUCGUCCAUGAUGGACUCGUCCAUACUGUGCAAAGAUCUCCAUUUCUAAAGGACUUUGUUCUCACAGUGGGGGGCUGGAACUUUGCUAUUUGGAAAGAAGGAGUGACGAGUGGACCAAUCCUCCAGUCGUGUUGCACUCAGCAGAGGUACACAGCAGCCCACUGGUCCCUGUCCAGGCCUGGUGUCUUCUUCAUUGGCAAGGAAGAUGGAAAUGUGGACAUAUGGGACUUACUAGAGAAGACCCAUGAGCCCUCUCAGACGCAGAACAUAUCCGCAGCAGCCGUCACCUACAUUAAACCCUGGAUCGUGUCGGCAAAGCAGCAUCUCCUGGCCGUGGCCGAUGACAGCGGCACCCUCCAUGUCCUAGAGAUCCCGUGGACCUUACAUCACCCCUCCGCUAAUGAGAUCACCGGUGUCUUGCAUUACUUGGACAGGGAAGUCAGUCAUUUGGAGUAUUAUGAACAGAGAAAGACAUUUCGAGCUGCAGAAAAGAGAGCGUUGGAGCUGAAGGACCACAGAACAAAAACUGAAGCCACUCCACCGGUGAAGUCAAAAGAGCAGCUUGAAGAGGAGAUAAGCCGAGAGUACACAGCAUACUUGGCACUGGAGAACGCUGUUCUGACAGGACUGGGGAUUAAGAAAGAAAAUGAAGAAAUAACGGUGAAAACCUAAUGAUUCCA